AUGGCUCCUUCGAGUGCUUCCAUCAAUAGCAGAAACAAAAACGGCAGCACACCAUUACAUCUGGCAUGCGAAUGGAGCACCAAAUCUAAAGGAGAAGCAUUAGAAAUUACUCGGAUUCUUCUAGAUAAUGGUGCAGAUUUCAAUGCAAAGGGCCACAACCAAAUGAUCCCAUUACAUAUUGCAUCAAGAGACAAUUCCUCAGAAUUCAUAUAUUACAUUCUAAGGAAUAAAGGACCCCGAUUAAUUAGGGAUACGUUGCUCAACCUAUCUAUCCAUUACGGCGUAUUAAUCGGCCAUGAAGACCCAGUAGAUCGCGUACCUGUCACUGAGAAGAUGAUUCUGCUUUCAUCAGGAGCUAUCAGCUGGUCAUCUAAGAAACAACCAACUGCAGCCCGAUUUACUACAGCUCCAAAACCUCUGCUGCUGAGAAUGGUACUUAACGUUUUUGGUUUCCAAUUAAAACCUGGCAUGAAGAUUAACAUCAAAUAUGGCAACAAAGGAGCUCUUGACCUCACCAAAAACUCGACUCCCAAUAGCAGAACAAAACACAUCAACGUGCAACAUCAUUUUGUCUGAAAAGCUGUAAACAACACCCAAUUUAUGGUGGACUGAUAAAUGCUCUCAAUAAGGCAUUACCCAGAGUCCAGAGUGAAGUAUUUCUGAUAUUUACAAAAAUGUCAGAAAAGUCAUGUUCAAAAGAUCAAAAAACUGAGAUGGAAAUUCAAAAAGUCAAACUGG